AUCGACUUCCGCUACCGGGAGAUCUACUUCCGGGUCCCGCGUAGUAGUUGAAAGAGUGGCGCGAGAAGUAGCAGGUAAUUCAGCAGCACGCACUGAUGGCUCUAAUGAAGUCGUCGCUCUCGUUGGAUUCCAGUGAGAGCGAUUCUGAGGAGUUGCCAACAUUUGCCUUCCUGAAGAAGGAACUGACUUUGGCCAAGAGGAAGCAGCCUGCAAGGCCCGACGAGAUCAUUGUGGUCCAUACCUCAGACUCCGAGGCCUCCCAGCCGCCAUCCCCAGGGUUGGGGAAGCUGCACGCAGCCAUCACUUCCACCCAGGCACAGCCACUCCGAGUGCCGAGUGGUGAAAGUGAGGAUGAAGAGGAACUCCUCCCCCUGGCCAGGCGGCUUCAGUGUAAGUUCCUGACGAACAGGCAGCCGAGCUCCCAGGACCCUGGCCCCUCGGGUAAAGGAGCCGAGGAUCAUCAGAAUGAGUGGCUGUCACGUGACUGGGAAAAGCCAUCCUUUCCAGAGACCUCCGGUCUUCCCCUUGGCGACAGCUCCGUGCCUACUGCAGCAGAUAACCAGGCCCAGAGCUUAGACUUCCCAUGCCGUGACCCCCCAGCACCCCAGCCCACCUGCCUCACCCAGGACAACAGAUUGGCAGGAACCAAAACGAAAUCUGGUGUCACCCCCCGUCAGAAGAGAGCGAAGCGCAGUCAGAAGCGGGAGAGGAGAGGCUUGCGGGGACUGCGACUGCAGGGAGGAGCGAGCCACGAGGAAGCUUCCCCAGGACAGCAGGAAAAGAAGAAGGCGGCACUGAUGAGCAGGCUGAAGGCCCAGCGGCCCGAGGAGUGCUUGAAGCACAUCGUCGUGGCACUGGACCCAGAGCUUUUGCAGGCGGAAGGCGGGGGCCAGCUCCUCGGAGCGCUGCAGACCAUGGAGUGCCGCUGUGUCAUUGAAGCACAGGCUGUGCCUUGCAGCGUCACGUGGAGGAGAAGGGCAGGGCCCGCUGAGGAUGAAGAGGCCUGGGUGGAGGAGCCAGUGAUCCUGGUGUUGCUCCUGGCAGAGGCUUUUGUGUCCAUGAUCCGAAAUUUGAAGCAGUCCUGCCCACAGGGAAACCCAGGCAGCAGUGAAAACCGGAAGGAAACGCUUGAGGGCUUUGUCACCGACAUCACAGCAAGGGCAGGAGGGAAGGCGCUGUCCCUUGUGAUUGUGGAUCAGGAGAAGUGCUUCAGGGCUCAGAAUCCUCCCAGGAAAGGGACACAGAGAGCGGCAAAUAAACAAGCUAAAGAAAAGCAGCAGCAGCGACGAGGGUCCAGCACGGCACCUGCGGUGUCCAGGGUGGACAUGGAAGAGGCACUGGUGCAUCUGCAGCUACACACAGAAGCACAGGUCCGAGUUGUGCGGAGCUGGAAGGAGCUGGCCGACUUCACCUGCUCAGUCACCAAGGCCGUGGCCGAGGCGCCCUUCAAGAAGCUUCGCGAUGAAACUAGCUUCUCCUUCUGCCUGGAGAGCGGCUGGGCCGGAGGGGUGAAGGUGGACCGCGCCGGCAGGGGACUUGCACUGGUCUGGAGGAGACAGAUUCAGCAGCUGAACCGGGUCAGCCUGGACAUGGCCAGUGCCGUCGUGGAUGCCUACCCCUCCCCACAACUCCUGGUGCAGGCUUAUCGGCGAUGUGACUCAGAGCAGGAACGCCAGCACCUGCUGGCAGACCUCCAGGUGCGCCGCGGGGUGGGUGUAACGGCCACCUCCCGCCGAGUCGGCCCAGAGCUGUCCAGGCGCAUCUAUCUUCAGAUGACCGCUCUGCAGCCAGACCUCACUUUGGACACUGCUGACUGAUGCCGGCACACAGGAACAACAGCGGGAGAUUUGCACCUCCCCAACCCGGACCCCAACUGGAACUGGAAGCACAUCCCAGGGCGCCAGGCCAGGGGAGCCUGGUCUUAGUCCUUUGGUCCAAGUCUCUGUAUCCCAGGGCAGAGGCCGACACCAGCACCCGCCUUCAGGCACAGGUCCUCCCCUAGGCAAAAGCAGCUGCCACCACCAGCCCUCAGAAAAGAAACAGACGGACCACUCGGACACGCAUUUAAUAACUGUAGAAACCUGAAAGAAUCAGCAUCAAAUCUCAAAGUCGGAGUGGCUGGCAUGGCUGGGUCAGCCACGGCGCUGCCUCGACCGGCCCGGGAACCUCACACCUAGGCUGACUCCUGUGUUUCCACAACUUCGUUAUAUGCAUUGUGUGUUUAGCUUCAAUAAAGCAUUUGGACCAUGGCCCUGGAGCUUGGAGGAAGACUAAAGGAAUGUGUAGUGACUGAGUAAGGGUGGACCUAUGCAGCAGAGCUACCCGAGGGAGGAGAGAAAAGUCCUUUCUUCCAGAGCAGGACCAUCACAAGUGACAGCUACUGAGGGGCGCUCUAACUGAAAGCCAGACUCCCUUCUGCCUCAGCUGUGACAGGACCUUGCUCCCUCUGUAGAGUGAGCACUGAGACAGUCGCUUUGAUCCCUCACCCGCUGUUGUAGAGGAGCCAGUGGGGACAAGGGAAUGCUUGGGUCUGGUGGCCGGGACGGACCGUGCUGCCCCGGUGUGGCUCGUCUAUAGUGUGCGCCGCUUCCCAGCUCCAGGGUGCUGUUUGUUUCCCUUUAUUUCCUGUCCCAUCCACUCUCCCGUUAGACCAGAACCA